AUGUCCAUCCUUCUCAUCCACGUCCUCCUCACCACACUGCACGUUCUCUCUCUUACGUCGUCCGCAACCACCAUACCUCGUGCAGCUGGAGCACCGUCGGGCGAGCUGCUCGCGCUCUCCCAAAACCGGCAGCCUGCGUCCACUGUGCUGCAAGCUGCAGAACAUCGGGGGCGGGAUCGCCCGCUCGAGCACAUAGCGCAGAUCGCGAACAUUCGCGUUCGGCAGACACUCGGGUUGAUGGCGGAUCACGGCGACGAACACGCACAUGCACAGCAACACGUCGAGUUGGUAUUCGGCGAAAGCCCGCAAGCCCUGAUUCGUGAUAUGCAAGGAGUCCUGUCGGCGUAG